AUGUGUCCCAAAGAACGAUCACGUAUGUCUCGUGAUCACGUGUCCUCCGUGAUUUCGGAUUCUCAAUCAAAUAUAAGUACCUCUAAUUGUUUGCUUGAUGCAAAUAAUUCUGAUUUUGAAAUAAAAUCAAAUGUUCAAUCUACAAUUGAUUCUUUUCUAAAUGAACAAUUAUAUGAUGUACGAGAUAAUGUACAAAAUUCCUCUAUUGAUGAUAUUGAUUAUGAUGAUAAUGAUUCUACGUUGAAAUUGAAAUUACCUCCUCAUGAAACUGAAAUUGUCUCUUCAUUCGAAUUGGAUUUACCUCCUGAAGAUUUAAUGGUCAAGUUACCAGCUGGUUCUGAUAAACAAUUGAAAAAUCUUUCAAAAGCUUCCGUACCAAACAUUGUUACAAAGAAUCUUCCUACAAAAUUUGUUGAAGAAGAAGAAUAUAUUGAUGAUGAUGGUUCUGAAUUACCUAGAUCUCCUUUAUCAUCUCCCCAUUCCACUAUUUCUUCUACUUCUUUUUCAAUGUCUGUACUUUCAACUUCUUCUUAUGCUGAAACAACAAAUACGGUAAUAUCAACUUUUUCUACACAUACUACUGUUGAUAAAUCAAUUCUUUCUUCAACCUAUUCCGCUUCAUCGUCACUCAACCAGUCUCCAGAACUCAAAGCUAAUUCUAUUAAUGAAGAUCAUAUCGCUGAUCAAUGUAUUGAUGAAAUAUCAUAUAAGCAAGAUAAUAGUAAUUUAUACUAUUUAUCAGAACGAUCUAUGUCACCUGAACAUUUAUCUCCAGUCAUCGAAGAAGAUGAGACUCUGAUCCCUGUACAAAAUAGUCAAAUGUCUACAUUAAAUGAUUAUGAUCUAAAGGAAUUAAAUUAUUCCGAGGAUCAUCAUAUUGAAUCACAUACUCAGGAUGAUAGUGAUUUUGAACAGUCAUAUGAUGAAAUUCAAUAUGAAGAGGUUGAACAAUGCCCUGAACUAGAUGCUAUUUAUGAAUAUCUGCAAACUCUAGAUCCUAAUAAUAAUGAAGCGGAACGUAUUAAUCAUCAAUUACAGAAAAUUCGUGAAGUACCUUACCCCGUAGAACUUCCUUUAUCUAAUUCUUGGUCAACUUCAAGAAAUAAAUAUUCGUCCACAUUACAUUCAGUAUUUAAUUGUUCAACUGUACCUGAAUUAUGUGAACAAUAUAAGGCAUUGACCUCGUAUAUUAAACCUAGUGAUUUGAAAAGUGAUUCAAAUCUAAAUUUUUUUAAAAAUGAUAUUCAACCUUUGUGGGAAGAUGAGCACAAUGAAAAAGGUGGUAAAUUAACCUUAAGUCCUCCUAGACAUCAAUUAAAUAAUUUAUGGGAUACAAUCGUUAUGCUCCUUGCGGGUGAUAUUAUUGAUAGCGGUGACAAUAUUUGUGGUGCUAUAUGUGCUCGUCGUAGUCGAGGAGAUCGUGUUGAAAUAUGGAUUGGUAGUCAGGCAACUGAUGAAGAUGUUGAUGAAAUAAAGAAAGGACUCGCUGUAGAAUUAGGGUCUAAAGAUGUACUGAAAGUACGUUAUAAGAAGCAUUACGAGAAGUAA